AUGCCAGAAAGACGACAAGUAUCCUCUAGCACGACAAACAGUCGCUCUACGGGCGUCCGUCGCAAUCUAUUCCAUCAGCAUCUAAGCCGCCGCCCCACAACCAGCUCAACCUCUACCUCCGCCGAGACGUUGCGACUAGAUAAUGAGCAUGACUUAGGGACUUCGGAUAUUGUCAUAAGGGAUAAAAAUGGGGACUUUGAUAUCGGGGAUCCGCCUAUGCAAUCCUUAGAUGAGCCGGAGGAGGGAGGACAGGUCGAUGCGCAGGAGGAUGAGAAGGAGAGACAAAGGCUAGCAGAAGCUGUUAAACAUCACCAGAGAGACAGAAACCGAGCUCCUAGUGAACCUGCAGAAUUACUCGAAGCUGUAAGAGCGAGUCUACGAGCCAAGGUUGCGAUGUUAUCAGAGGACAAUUGGAUGUAUGAAGCGGAGGAAGAGCCUGUUGUUCGAUGA